GCCUUGUCUUAGUCCCUCCUGCCUGCCCUCUGUACUGCCCCCAGGAUGGGCGGCAGGAAUUGGAGCUGGGCUCUGGUCUGGGCUUCUGUGGCCUUGCUCAUGGUGUGGCCAGCAGAGAGCCAGGGCCAGGAAGAGCUGAGCGCAGAACAUCCAGAACUCACCGGAGACAGUCAGAAAGUGUAUAGUGCCCCCACAUCCUCAUCCGCACGGCAUGUCACCUUCAUCCCACCUAUCUCUGUCUUCCCAAGCAUAAGUGCCUUACACCUGGCACACAACGGGAGAGUGUGCAGCACGUGGGGUGACUUCCAUUAUAAGACCUUCGAUGGUGACGUGUUCCGCUUCCCUGGCCUCUGUAACUAUGUCUUCUCUUCACACUGCGGGGCCACCUACGAGGACUUCAACAUCCAAUUACGUCGUGGUCUUGAGGGUUCCAGGCCCACGGUCACCUAUGUGUUCCUCAGGGCCCAGGGACUGGUGAUUGAGCUGUCUAAUGGCUCUGUCCUGGUAAACGGACAUCGGGAGGAGCUGCCCUACAGCCGUGCAGGUCUUCUGAUGGAGAAGACCAGUGGCUAUGUGAAGAUCAGCAUCAGGCUAGUCCUCAACUUCCUGUGGAAUGAAGAAGACAGUGUCCUGCUGGAACUGGACUCCAAAUACACCAACCAGACGUGUGGGCUGUGCGGUGACUUCAACGGGCUCCCAGCUGUCAAUGAGUUCUACGCCCACAACACUAGGCUGACCCCUGUCCAGUUUGGAAACCUGCAGAAGCUGGAUGGUCCCACAGAACAGUGCCAGGAUGUCCUACUGUCACCUGCCAACAACUGCACAGAUACGGAGGGCAUCUGCCGUCACAUCCUGCUUGGCCCUGCCUUUGCCGAGUGCAUCGCCCUGGUAGACGUCAACGUGUACCUGGAUGCCUGUGUCCAGGACCUGUGCCGCUGCCCCACCUGCCCAUGUGCCACUUUUGCUGAAUAUUCCCGCCAGUGUGCCCAUGCAGGGGGCCACCCACAGAACUGGAGGCGUUCCGAUCUCUGCAACUGGACCUGCCCUUUCAACAUGGAAUACCAAGAGUGCAGCUCACCCUGUGUGGAUACCUGCUCCAACCCCCAGCGCUCUCAACUGUGCGAGGACCACUGCAUGGAUGGCUGCUUCUGUCCCCCAGGAACUGUGCUGGAUGAUGUCAGACAUUUGGGCUGCCUGCCCCUGGAACAGUGCCACUGUACCCACGGUGGCCACAUUUAUGCCCCUGGAGAGUCCUUCAACACCACCUGUAGCUCCUGCACCUGCUUCGGGGGACUGUGGCAGUGCCAGGACCUGCCGUGCCCCGGCACCUGCUCUGUGCAAGGCGGGUCCCACAUCUCCACCUUUGAUGAGAAACUCUACAAUGUGCAUGGAGACUGCAGCUACAUCCUGACCAAGAAAUGUGCAGAUAGCAGCUUCACUGUGCUGGUGGAUCUUCGGAAGUGUGGAAUGACGGACACCGAGAACUGCCUCAAAGCAGUGACGCUGAGCCUCAAUAGCGGGGACAUGGUCGUCAGGAUCCAGGUCAACGGUGCUGUGUUCCUGAACUCCAUUUUCACUCAACUGCCCUUGUCAGCAGGCAACGUCACCAUCUUCAGGCCAUCAUCCUUCUUCGUUAUAGUACAGGUGGGCACGGGGCUGCAGCUGCAAGUGCAGCUGGUGCCCUUCAUGCAGGUGUUUGUCAGGCUGGACCGCUCCUACCAAGGCCAGAUGUGUGGCCUGUGUGGAAACUUCAACCAGAACCAGGCCGAUGACUUCACGGCCCUCAGUGGGGUGGUGGAGGGCACAGGGGCAGCCUUCUCCAACACCUGGAAGACUCAAGCCUCCUGCCCCAACUCCAAGAACACCUAUGAAGACCCCUGCUCAUACAGUGUGGAGAACGAGAACUUCGCUCGGGAGUGGUGCUCGAUGCUCACUGAAAGCUCAGGAGUUUUCUCAGCCUGCCAUGCCACUGUUAGCCCGGUGCCCUUCUACUCGAACUGCUUGUUUGACACGUGCAACUGUGAGAAUAGCGAGGACUGCAUGUGUGCCGCCCUGUCCUCCUACGUGCGUGCCUGUGCUGCCAAAGGCGUGCUGCUCAGUGGCUGGAGGGGCAAAGCCUGCUACAAGUACAUGAACAACUGCCCCCAAACCAAGGAGUACUCCUACUCAGUGAGUACUUGCCAGCCUACGUGCCGCUCUCUAAGUGAGGUUGACGUCACCUGCAGCAUCCCCUUUGUGCCUGUGGAUGGUUGCACCUGCCCUGAAGGUACCUUCCUGAAUGACAAGGACCACUGUGUCCCAGUGGAGGAGUGCCCCUGCUACUUCCAUGGAACCGUGGUGGCUUCCGGAGAGGUUGUUAUGGACAACGGUGUGGUGUGCUCGUGUACAAAUGGGAAGUUGACCUGCCUGGGAGCCCUGAUGCAGAGAAACAAAGAGUGCCAGGCACCUAUGGUAUACUUGGACUGUAACAAUGCCUCAGUGGGUGACCACGGGGCUGAAUGCCUCAGAAGCUGCCACACGCUGGAUGUGGAUUGCUUCAGCACACAAUGUGUCUCGGGCUGCGUGUGUCCCUCAGGGCUGGUAGCAGAUGGGAAUGGGGGCUGCAUUGCUGAGGAGGACUGCCCCUGCGUACACAAUGAGGCCACAUACAGACCUGGGGAGAUCAUUCGGGUAGACUGCAAUAACUGCACCUGCCGGAACCGCCGGUGGGAAUGCACCAACCAGCCCUGCAUGGGUGCCUGUGUAGCCUAUGGGGACGGCCACUUUGUUACCUUUGAUGGUGAACGUUACAUCUUUGAAGGCAACUGCGAGUAUACCUUGGCUCAAGACUACUGCAGAGGCAACACCAGUACUGAUGGGACCUUCCGUAUUGUCACUGAGAAUGUCCCCUGUGGGACCACAGGAACCACCUGCUCCAAGGCCAUCAAGAUCUUUGUGGAGAGCUAUGAGCUGAUCCUUCAUGAGGGGAACUUUAAGGUGGUAGCGCGAGGGCCAAGUGGGGACCCUCCGUACAAGAUCAGAUACAUGGGCAUCUUCCUGGUCAUUGAGAUCCGGAGUGGGAUAGUCGUGUCCUGGGACAGGAAGACCAGUGUGUUUGUCCGGCUGCAGCAGCAUUAUAAGGGUAGGGUCUGCGGCCUGUGUGGGAACUUUGAUGACAAUGCCAUCAAUGACUUCACCACACGCAGCCAGUCUGUGGUGGGUGAUGUGCUGGAGUUUGGAAAUAGCUGGAAGUUCUCCCCAUCCUGCCCGGAUGCCCCAGUUCCCAAGGAUCCCUGCAUCGCCAACCCUUACCGCAAGUCCUGGGCCCAGAAAAAAUGUAGCAUCAUCAACAGCGCAACUUUCGCUGCCUGCCACUCUCAGGUUGACUCUACAAAAUACUACGAAGCCUGUGUGCAUGAUGUGUGUGCCUGUGACUCAGGAGGUGACUGUGAGUGCUUCUGCACUGCCGUGGCCGCCUACGCCCAGGCCUGCCGUGAUGUGGGUGUGUGCUUGUCCUGGAGGACUCCAGACAUCUGCCCUCUUUUCUGUGACUACUACAACCCUCAUGGGCAAUGUGAGUGGCAUUAUCAGCCCUGUGGAGCCCCCUGUCUGAAGACCUGUCGGAAUCCAUCUGGACACUGCCUGGUUGACCUGCCAGGCCUAGAAGGCUGCUACCCACAGUGUCCACCCAGCCAGCCCUUCUUCAAUGAAGACCAGAUGAAGUGUGUGGCCCAGUGUGGCUGCUAUGAUGAUGACGGAAACUAUCAUGACAUUGGCACACAGGUCCCUACAGCUGAGAACUGCCAGAGUUGUCUCUGCACCCCUGGUGGCCUCCAGUGUGCUUACAACCUUACAGCCUGCACAUGCAUCUAUGAGGGCCGUACCUACAACUACAAUGAUGUUGUCUACAACACCACUGAUGGCCUCGGUGCCUGCUUAGUAGCCAUCUGCAAAGACAACGGGACUAUAAAACGCACGACUGAAGAGUGCCCUGAAGUCCCGUCUACCACACCAUUCAUAUUCACCACCACUCUGACACCCCUUACCACAAACGGUUCAGCUUCCACUGCGUCUACUGUGUGUGUUCGUGAGGUCUGCCACUGGUCCAGUUGGUAUGAUGAGAGCCAUCCAGAGGCUGGCAUGUUAGGCGGGGACUUUGAAACAUUUGAGAACCUGAGGAGGAAAGGGUACCAGGUGUGUCAAACCCCCGUUGCCAUUGAAUGCCGAGCAGUGAAGUUCCCCAGCCUGGACUUAGAGAAGCUGGGUCAGAAGGUAAACUGUGACCUAUCCUCUGGGUUGAGAUGCUUCAACAAUGAACAGAGCCCCCCACUGUGCCACAACUAUGAGCUGAGGGUUCUGUGUUGUGAUUAUGUGCCCUGUGGCUCCUCUCUGACCUCGGGUGUGAGUACCACUCCCUCUCAGUCUGACACCAGUAAAAACCCCUCUCUGCCCACACUUACCACUCAUACAGCAUCCUCAAAAUCACAGUCCUGGACCAGAGGUGGGAAAGAGACAUCACUGGAUAAAACUCACAGCUCAAGGCAAACAGUGACGUUUGCCUCAAAGAGCAGACCUACUUCAUCUCCUACGUCAUCUAGAAACUCAGCCAGCAGCCUCCCCUUGUCCAACCCUACCUGGACUACAACAGUGAAAGGGACCAAUGAGAACACAGUGCUUAGCUCCCAGACAACAGCAGAAUUCACUUCACACACCAGGUCCACUUCAAGCCCCAACACAGUCACACAGACAGUCAGCAGCCCUGAGACCUCCUCCACCACCUGCCAACCCAAAUGUGAGUGGACAAAGUGGAUUGAUGUAGACUAUCCUACUUCUAGCAUUGAUGGAGGAGACAUAGAGACAUAUGACAAUAUCAGGGCCAAUGGAGAAAAAGUCUGUGAGAAGCCUAAGGACAUCAGGUGUAUGGCCCAGAACUACCCCGAAGAGGCCUUAGACAACUUGCAACAGAAAGUGAAGUGUGAUGUCAGCCUUGGUCUGGUGUGCUACAACCGGGACCAGGGAGGCAUUUUCCCGAUGUGCUACAACUACAUGAUCAAGGUGCUCUGUUGUAGUGUCAUCCACUGCCAGGGAUCUUCCACCACUGCAGAGUCGGCCCUGACGACGGGAACUGCCACUUUCACUACCCAGACCCUGUCCUCCAAGCCUCAUCCCAACACUGAUUCAGUUGAGACCUGGUCUCCCUCAGGGUCCACCACCCAUAUAGAUGCUUCAGAUUUGCCCACCCCUGGAACCCUGACUACAAGUGUGUCAUCCCCACUCACCACCCCUCUCACAGUCACUUCAGUGAGCACUCAGCAUCCCAAGAGUCUAGAAUCCUCUGGCAUCCCAUCUGUGGUGACUAUCAGGUCCACCUCUCAAGGGCAGUCCCUGCUUCCCAGCAGUCCCCACACUACCAACACGUUCUCAGCAACAACCUCAAGGACUUCCCUGUCUAGCCUGGCCACCAUCUCUACCUCCCUGACCACUCCUGGACCCUCCAGAACUCCUCCUGGGAGCACUACCACAAACCCAGCCACAGCUGCCUCCAUGACCAGAGCGGUUACUGAGACCCUGUCCUCAAGGCCACAUACCGAGACCACCUCAGAGUUCCCUGGAGUUUCCUCAGCCAGCUCCACAGUAGGGCCCAGCACACAGACUGGGUCCACUUCAAGCCCCAGCACGGUCAUACAGACAGUCAGCAGCCCUGAGACCUCCUCCACCACCUGCCAACCCAAAUGUGAGUGGACAAAGUGGAUUGAUGUAGACUAUCCUACCUCUAGCAUUGAUGGAGGAGACAUAGAGACAUAUGACAAUAUCAGGGCCAAUGGAGAAAAAGUCUGUGAGAAGCCUAAGGACAUCAGGUGUAUGGCCCAGAACUACCCUGGACAGGCCUUAGACAACUUGCAACAGAAAGUGAAGUGUGAUGUCAGCCUUGGUCUGGUGUGCUACAACCGGGACCAGGGAGGCAUUUUCCCGAUGUGCUACAACUACAUGAUCAAGGUGCUCUGUUGUAGUGUCAUCCACUGCCAGGGAUCUUCCACCACUACAGAAUCAGCCCCGACGAUGGGAACUGCCACUACUGCCACUUCUGGGACAUCCACACACACUUCCUGGCCUGUGUCCAGCAUGCCUACCAGCGCCAGCACUACAGAGUCAUUUUCUUCCCGUGAAAAAACCACAGUCCUUACCAGAGCUUCCUCUACAGCUACAGUGACAUCCAGGGAGACUCAAACCUCAUCCUUGCUAACCACUGGUCCAUCCUCAGCCCUCACAACCACAGAGACCACUUCCACAGGCUGUAAAUCUCAGUGCACCUGGACAGAUUGGCUGGACAGUGACAAACCCCAACCUGGCCAGUUUGGAGGAGACAUUGAGACCUACUAUCAUAUUCAAAACAAGACAGGUAUCGAGAUAUGCAAGAAACCUGUGGACAUUGAGUGUGAGGCCAUCCUCUUCCCCAACAUGUCCUUCCAGCAACUGGGCCAGGAGGUGGUUUGUAAUGUGGACUUCGGACUCAUCUGUAGGAAUAGCAAGCAGGUCGACAAUGAAACUUGUUUCAACUACCAUAUCCGUGUCCUCUGCUGUGAGGAAGAUAUCAGCUGUAUCAGCACAACUGGGUCACUGUCCACCACUUCCACACCAGCAACUGGAUUUCCCAGCAUAGUCCCCAUGUCCACAAGCAAGUGGUCAUCAGAGGAGCCAAAAUCCUCAACUUCUUUCACAACUCAAAGGAGACCCUCUACCCCUAGGACAGAGAAGAUUGUCCCCAACACCACGACUAGGACUACUGGGAGUUUCUCUGCCUCUAGUCUCUCUACACUUCCAGCCUCUCCCACCAGCCGUCUCCAAACCUCAAAAGAGCCACACUCGGGUAAGCCAAGUACAAGUUUGUGGACAGCCUCCUCCAAUGUUCUGAGCACUGCCACGCUGACCACCUCUAUUGGCAAACCGGUCUCUGGAACAAAAACCACAUUGUGGAAAGACCUCCAUUCUAGUACCUCAACCAUGGCCACAUCCACCCAUCCCAUUUCUACCACAAUGACAACGAAGAACCCUCAAACACUGACCACCAAUGACAUUUCCAAAAGCAACUCUAUGCUGCCUAGUAGGCCCCAUAUCACCACAACAUCUUCAGCCCCAGCAACAAAUAGGAGUCUGGCCACCAUCUCUACCUCCCUGACCACUCCUGGACCCUCCAGAACUCCUCCUGGGAGCACUACCACAAACCCAGCCACAGCUGCCUCCAUGACCAGAGCGGUUACUGAGACCCCGUCCUCAAGGCCACAUACCGAGACCACCUCAGAGCUCCCUGGAGUUUCCUCAGCCAGCUCCACAGUAGGGCCCAGCACACAGACUGGGUCCACUUCAAGCCCCAGCACGGUCAUACAGACAGUCAGCAGCCCUGAGACCUCCUCCACCACCUGCCAACCCAAAUGUGAGUGGACAAAGUGGAUUGAUGUAGACUAUCCUACCUCUAGCAUUGAUGGAGGAGACAUAGAGACAUAUGACAAUAUCAGGGCCAAUGGAGAAAAAGUCUGUGAGAAGCCUAAGGACAUCAGGUGUAUGGCCCAGAACUACCCUGGACAGGCCUUAGACAACUUGCAACAGAAAGUGAAGUGUGAUGUCAGCCUUGGUCUGGUGUGCUACAACCGGGACCAGGGAGGCAUUUUCCCGAUGUGCUACAACUACAUGAUCAAGGUGCUCUGUUGUAGUGUCAUCCACUGCCAGGGAUCUUCCACCACUACAGAGUCGGCCCUGACGACGGGAACUGCCACCACGGCAGGGUCAGUCCCAGUGACGGGAUCAGCAACUACUGCCACUCAGACCCUGAGUCCUAAGCCUCUUCCCAACACUAGUCUGACUGUGGCCAGUACCCACCCAGCCUCCACCACAGUAGGAACAAGCGUCUCAAAAGCUCUAACAGGCUCUAGCCACACAGCCACUCUUGUUACAUCCCAUGGCACAAGGCCCCCACAUGUUUCAACUAUCAAGGAAACCAGCAGCCCGGGAAGAGCCUCCUCAAUCCAUACAACACCCAAGACCUUGCCUGAGACAUUACAGUCGACAUCUGGCUUGACAACACAACAGAUCUCGUCAACUGGAAUCUGGACAAGUGUACAUACGGGUACAGCUGGCACUGUCUCCCCAAAAUCUCUGUCCACCACCCUAGAAACGACUACAGGCAUAAAAGAGCCAUCCACCAGUGUACCAAUGACACAUACCCUACCACCAACCGUGACUAAUGCAACCACCUCCCAGGGCACAACACACUGCCAGCCCAAGUGUAAGUGGACUGAAUGGUUUGAUGUGGACUCACCGACAUCGGGGGUAGUAAAAGGGGACAUGGAGACCUAUGAAAACAUCAGGGCCUCUGGCAAGAAGAUGUGCCAGGCACCAGAGAAAAUUGAGUGUCGGGCAGAGAACUACCCUGCAGUGAGUAUUGAUAAGGUUGGUCAAGUAGUAAGCUGCAACCUGGAGACGGGGCUAGUCUGCAGAAAUGAGGAGCAGACAGAUGAUUUUAAAAUGUGCUUCAACUACAAUAUACGUGUGCUUUGCUGUGAUGACUAUAGCCACUGUCCUGAAACCCCUUACAGCACCAUCAAGCCAUCCCCGCUCUGGUCUACCCCUACGCCCCUGGUCCCUUUCACAACCUCAGUGUCCUCGAGCACGGAGUCCACCUUUCAGACUAAGCAUCCCUCCAGCUCUUCCGUAUCAAGCACCCAAGCCUCCACAUGGACUAUAUCUCCUGACUCGGGCUGUGAACCUCGCUGCAAAUGGACAGAGUGGUUUGACGCCGACUUCCCCAACCCUGGCCCCAGAGGCGGGGACUUUGAGGUCUACGCAGUGCUUCGUGAGGUUGGCUUUAUCUUCUGUGAUCAACCCAAGGACAUCCAAUGCCGUUCAGAGAAGGAGCCAGACAAGCCCCUGGAAGCUCUACAGCAGGUGGUCCUGUGUGAUGUGCGAUUCGGGCUGAUAUGCAAAAAUAUCAACCAAUCGGGACCUUUGCAGUAUUGUGACAACUACCACGUGCGCCUCCUCUGCUGUGACAACUAUAGUCACUGUACCACGUCACCUCUGGCCACCACAUCCACUGUCCCUUCUUCCUCUCGCCUGUCCUCUACCCACACUGCCCCAGCUUUGAAUACCACGACUUCUUUCCCUGGGGUCUCUAGUUCCAGCGUGCCCCACUCCUCUUCCCUGGUAUCUACUCACACCUCGGCAGUGUUGACCACCCUGACUUCAACUAUAGCCACUGGUCCCAUUGUGAUCCCCUCCUCAACCUCAGGGACCCCUCACACCCCUGAAGUCUUCCCCAGCAGUCAGGCGACCUUCAGCGUGUCUACUGCUUCUUCCUCCUCGGUGUUCAGUACCUCCAGGCCUACUGUCAUUUCCAGCCAAGCAUCUUCCCCAUCACCCUGUUUCUGCCGGGCAUUUGGACAGCUGUUCGUACCUGGGGAUAUCAUCUACAAUAAGACUGAUGGAGCUGGCUGCCAAUUCUAUGCCAUCUGCAACCAGCACUGUGAUGUUGACCGCUUCCAGGGUGCCUGCCCCUCCUCUUCACCUCCAACGCCCUCUACCCCUGCGCCUUUGUCUCCCCUGCUUCCUGGCUGUGAUAAUAUCACCCCUCCCCGGCAGGUGAAUGAGUCUUGGACCCUGGAGAACUGCACGGUGGCCCAGUGCCAGGGCAACAACCAAAUCAUCCUCCUAGAGCCAGAGCCUGUGGACAACGUCACGUGUGUCAACAAGCACUUGCCCAUCAAAGUGUGGGACCAGGAGCCUUGCCAUUUCCACUAUGAGUGUGAAUGCUUCUGCAGUGGAUGGGGGCACUCCCACUACCUGACAUUCGAUGGCACCUCCUAUACUUUUGUGGACAACUGUACCUCAGUGCUCAUGAGAGAGAUCCACCCUCGCCAUGGCAACCUGAGCAUCCUUGCCCACAGCUACUACUGUGGGGCCACCACAAAUGUCACCUUCUGUCCCCGCGCCCUCAGUGUGUACUACAACUCCAUGGAGAUUGUCCUCACCACCACCACCACCAACAGUGGGAAGGAAGAGAGCCUGAUUAUAUGGGACCAGAUGUGGAUAAGGUCGGGCUUCAGUAAGAAUGGCGUGACCGUAUCUUUGAGUGGGGCCACCACAAUGAGUGUCAACAUUUCCACCAUUGGCGCCAGCAUCACCUUUGAUGGAAACAUCUUCCAGAUAUGGUUGCCCUAUAGAUACUUCAGCAACAACACUGAGGGCCAGUGUGGUACCUGCACAAACAGUCAGACAGACGACUGCCGCCGGCCUGAUGGCACCAUAGCUUCCGACUGCCAGGACAUGGCCAAAGACUGGCUGGUGCCGGGGAACAACAACAGCGACUGCUUAGCUCAACCCAGCCCUUCCCCCAGCACCACUUCCCAGCCCCCAAUGUCCAGCACACUGACCUCCACCACAUGCCCCUCUGCGCCUCUCUGUGAGCUGAUGUUGAGCCAGGUCUUUGCCGAGUGCCACAAGUUCAUCCCUCCAGACGCCUUCUUCAGAACCUGUGUCAGUGACCACUGCAAUGGCAAUUUUAGUAAAACGCUCUGUCAGAGCCUGGAGGUCUACGCAGCGCUCUGCCGGAUCCAGGGUGUAUGUACCGACUGGCGCAAUGCCACAGGAGGGCUGUGUGACUUCUCCUGUCCACCCUCUAAGGAGUACAGGCCUUGUGGACCCAUGUAUCCAGCUUCCUGCAGCCCCAGGACCCAGGAACUUUCAGAUGGGACCCUGGCAGAGGGCUGCUUCUGCCCUGAGGGUCAGCUCCUCUUCAACUCACGCACGGACAUCUGUGUGUCUGAGUGUCCCUGCGUGGGACCAGAUGGGUUACCCAAGCUUCCUGGAGAACACUGGAUCAGCAACUGCCAGGACUGUGUGUGUGACCUUGGCUCUGUGUCAGUACAAUGUGAGCCGGUGAAGUGUGAGGGCCAGGACAAACCCCCACAGUGCACAGAAGCUGGCUUUGUGACUGUGACCUGGCCCAGCACUGACAAUCCAUGCUGCCCUGAGACACUGUGUGUUUGCAAUUCAACCACUUGCCCGAGUCUGCCCAAAUGUGAACCAGGGUACGAACUGCUCCAGACCCAUGAGAACGGCAGCUGCUGUCCCAUCUCCAGCUGUCGACCUAAGCUGUGUACAUACAAUGACACCAUCUAUGGGGUCGGUGCAACCUUCCUAGGGGGUCCCUGCCAGAUAUGCACCUGCCUCUCUGUGGACAACCAAGAACCUAGAGUAGAGUGUAGGGAGACCCACUGCACCACCUCUUGUCCCCAGGGCUUUGAGUACACACUGGUGCCAGACCAGUGCUGCGGGAAGUGUGUACAGAAUGCCUGCCUCACACCAGAGGGCCAGGUGGUACAGCCCAAUGAAACCUGGGUGAACAGCCCUGGGGACAACUGCACUACAUACUAUUGUAGUGCUGAGAAUGGAGUUCACGUACUGACCCCAAUCCCCACGUCUUGCCCUGAUGUGUCCAACUGUACGGGAAUCCUAAGGAAAACGGGCUGCUGUUACUCCUGUGAAAGAGAGGACUCAAGUACCUGUCAAGUGCACGUCAACCCAACCGUCUUGAGGCACGAGGGCUGUGAGACAGAGGUCAACAUCACCUUCUGCGAGGGUUCCUGCUCUGGAAAGUCCAAGUACUCCAUGGAGGCCCGGGCCAUAGAGCAUCAGUGCAGCUGCUGUCAGGAGACCAAGGUCCAUGAUGUAGCUGCAACAUUACAGUGUCCCGAUGGUACAGUCAUCCAGCACACCUAUACCCACAUCGACGAGUGCAAAUGUGCCCCGGCCUGCAGCUCCCUGCCUAUGACUUCCAUGACUAUUUCCUAGAGCCUCUUGCUGGAAGGCAAUUGCAUCCCCAACCCCUUAUGUCCCUCCACCUGGAGCAGAAUCUGCACAACUGACCAUGAAAACCUUAGGCAGGUAUGCUCCAUGAGGCCCACAAGAACCCUCUGUGGCUCUCACUGCCUCUGCUCCUCCCCUCUGCCUGCCACUUGGUGAGACCAGCAUCAAAGAGGGGGACAGGGCAAUUAAGAUUCACCUGAGGAGGGUGCCAGGCGAGGGUUUGGUCCUGAGGAGCCUGUUGGCUCCUUUGGUCUCAUCCUCCGUGAGAGCCUGUGGCUGUAGGGCUCCCCACAGCAAGCCUGUGCGCCCUCUGUCACAUAAAGUGAGCUCUGUGUCAGUCACCUCAUGUUCACAAGGGCAGAUGGAACUGUCCACGCAAGACCAGCUACCAGGGAGCUGUAUCAGACAAGGUGGCUGCCUGCUGGAGGGGCUCUGGGGUCUGAGGUGGAAGAGGGGGUCUGAGCUCACUCAUCCCUAAGCGGCAAUAAACCCUGGCACCGUG